AUGGACUCAAAUCUACGCUUUUCUUUGUUGAUUGUCGUGUUUUUGAUUGCACAGAGAACAUCAGCUCAAUGUUUCGACUCAGAUCCUAACUGUGAAUUGUAUGUGAUGAACGGUUUCUGCAAUUCGAAUCUCUAUUCGCGAGCUCAAGUUCAAUUCUAUUGUGCGAAAUCGUGUGGAUUUUGUGAGGUAAAUUCGAAUACAAACAAUCGAAUGAACAAUAAUCGAGGGAAUAAUCGGAGAGGA